CAGAAUUCAAGAACGACAGAGAGAGUGAUGGCUCACUAAAACCUCUCCCUGCUAAGCAUGUCGAUACUGGAAUGGGUUUCGAGAGGUUAACUUUUGUUCUUCAAAACAAAAUGAGCAACUACGAUACAGAUGUGUUCAUGCCUAUCUUUGAUGACAUUCAAAAGGCCACAGGAGCGAGGCCAUAUUCUGGAAAAGUUGGUGUGGAAGAUGUCGACAGAGUUGACAUGACUUAUAGAGUGGUUGCGGAUCAUAUUAGGACGCUAUCAUUUGCUAUCGCGGAUGGCUCUCGUCCUGGUAAUGAGGGCCGUGAGUAUGUUCUACGGCGUAUUCUUCGCAGAGCAGUUCGCUAUGGAAAGGAGAUCCUAAAAGCUGAAGAAGGUUUUUUCAACGGACUCGUCAGUUCUGUUAUUCGAGUGAUGGGUGAUACCUUUACAGAGUUGAAGGAACAUGAGAAGAAGAUCACAGAGAUAAUAAAAGAAGAGGAAGCGAGCUUUUGCAAGACCUUGGCGAAGGGAAUUGAGAAAUUUCAGAAAGCUGGACAGGCAGUUCAGGGGAAUACAUUGAGUGGAGAGGAUGCAUUUGUCUUAUGGGAUACGUUUGGGUUCCCAUUAGAUCUCACACAGUUGAUGGCUGAAGAAAGAGGGUUGCUGGUUGAUGUUGAUGGCUUCAACAAAGCCAUGGAAGAGGCGAGGGAAAGAUCUAGAAGUGCCCAGAAUAAGCAAGCUGAUGGUUCCAUUGUUAUGGAUGCUGAUGCUACAUCAAAACUGCACAAGGCUGGUGUGUUAGCAACAGAUGACUCUUUUAAAUACACUUGGGUCAAGGAUCACGAGAGUGAAGUAAAGGCUAUCUACACUGGCUCUGCUUUUCUGGAAAGUUCAGCUGCUGGCGAUAACGUUGGACUAGUUUUGACGUCGUCUAGUUUCUAUGCUGAGCAGGGUGGUCAGAUUUUCGAUACAGGACUUAUUGAAGGCUCGUUUGGUACAUUCAACGGAUGUAAUGUCCAAAUAUUUGGAGGCUUUGUUCUUCAUAUUGGUUAUCUCUCAAAAGAAACUGGAAUUGUAUCUGUGGGAGAUAAAGCUAUUUGCAAGGUAUCGCUCUGCAUCAUAUAGUGUUUGUCUCAGUCA